AUAGUUAAAAGUUAUAUAAUUCAACUAAAUAUAAUAUUUUUUUAACCAAAAAUCAAAAGAAAAUUUAUUGCUGCUUAAGUUUUUGAUUCAAAUUCAGAUGAGUUCUACGUACAAUCUUCAGAAAAAUGUGCAAGCCAAAAAAAGAAACUUCAGAAACAUUAAUGCUUAACAAAGGUUUCCCCAUCAAACAAAAUAAAACAAAGCAACAAAUCUUAUCAGUGCUAAAUUCUUCUGUUAAUGAUAAAAUAAAUCAUUUUUGGCAUAGUCUACAAUUGCCAAAUCCUCCUCAAUUAUAUGAAGAAAACUAUGAAAAUCAUGAAGACAAAUUAUUCAGUCGAAGUUCAUCAUCUGAUAUGUUCAACAACCAUGAUAUUCAAUUUGAAUCAUUAAUUACUAAUGGUUUAUUGGCUAAUAACAGUAAAGCAGUAGAAAUCUCUACUCAAGACAACUUUAUACUUAUAAAUGUCAGUAGCUAACAAAAAGAAAAAAUGAA